CAGUUCACGCGCUGCGCCAAUCAAUUCUAUCAGAGCCCGUCUACUAGCCAUUACAUGAAGAGAAAAUGGAAGACUGACCAAAUAUCCAGAACGAGAACGUGGUCAACAAUUUUGUGCAGUGAUGUGUUGGUGCACUGCUGUUGUAAACAGAGAGUAAUUCUCAAGACUACAGUGCCAGCGGCCUUACAGAAGCAGACUUUGUGUCUGAGGGCAGUGAGAGACUCCAGCUAUGGAGGACAGCACUGGCCCAGGGCUGCCUCUAUCCUCUGGGCAAGGGGCCACCCAAGAGCCUGCCGAGAGCAGCUCGCAAGUAACCGUUGCCAACAACAAUAAAGACGAGCAGGAAGGCAAGGAGGCACAGGCAGGAGAUAAUGGUGGUGACGAGGAGAAGCUAGACGAGUCACCCGGGAAACCAGCCGAGCCAGUAGCCAGUCCUGCCAGCAACGAAUUCAAGAAGACCUGGGGCUUCAGGCGGACCACCAUCGCCAAGCGCGAGAUGCCGGGCGAAGCAGCAACGUCGCCGGCCGAGGGGCCGGUGAGGCGCAGCGGUCGGCAGGCCAAACGUACCGACAAGUUGGAAGAGUUCCUGCUCACAGCCAAGAGGGGCCGUGGUGGAGCCGGACGACGAAGCGCUCCGGCCAACCUGGACGGCGGCGCCGGUGGGGGCGGCGGCGACCCUCCUUCUCAAACCCCCACGGACGCAGAGACGGCCUCAGAGGCGAGCUUCGACGGAAGCGCCGAGGUGAAAACAUCCGGGAGCAAGACGGCCUCCCCCGAGAGGAAGAGGAAGAGGGCGGUGAGGAGAGGGGGGCGUCGGCGGCAGACGCGAAGCACCAAAGCCAAGCAGGAGGAAGAGGCGGAGGAAGAAGGAGCCAGCGAAGACGAGGCAAGCUCUGAGGAUGAGGCAGCAGACGGCGCACAGGACGCUCCGAAAGUAGAGGAGGAGGAGGAGAAGAAGCCGGAAGUCACCAUUGACGCAGUCGAAGCCGUCGCCCCAUCACAAGACGAGCAGACAGACUUGGAACAGACGGAGGUAAAGAAAGAGGAGGAGAAGACGGAAGACGAGGAAGAGGAGAGCAAGACUAAGCCGGAGGACACGAGCAGUAGCCGCAGGCCCAGUAGGAAUCCAGCCAGAGCAUGUAAGGACUCCACUCCCUCCAAAAGAGAUGCCAAGGCUCGCAAAGGGGACGAUGAUGACGACGAUGAUUCGUCGUCGUCGUCGUCGUCAUCAUCUUCAUCAUCUGAAGAUGGCGGCUCAAACGAUGAGGGAUAUGACCCAAAUGCUCUUUACUGCAUCUGUAGGCAGAAGCACAACAAGAGGUUCAUGAUCUGCUGCGACCGCUGCGAGGAGUGGUUCCACGGCGACUGCGUGGGCAUCACAGAGGCCCGCGGCCGGCUGAUGGAGCGCAACGGGGAGGACUACAUCUGCCCCAACUGCAACGGCAGCAAAGCCCACACCCCACGCUCCUCGGCCGCCCCGUCAUCCGUCUCCACGGAGAACGGUCGCCGGAGCGGCCCGCAGUUCAAGCGUGCCGAGCAGAGCCCGUCCACCCCCAGCAGUCAGAUGGCUGAAGAAAAGGCAGGCGACGACCUGGGAAUCAAAGGCAGAAUAGAGAAGGCCACUAACCCCAGUGGGAAGAAGAAAAUCAAGAUUUUCCAGCCGCAGGCCGUUGAGACGGCGUCCUCGAAUCUCCCAAAAUGCAUCGGGCCGGGCUGUGAGCGGAACGCGCUGCCGGACUCGGUGUACUGUGGGAAUGACUGCAUCCUGAGACACGCGGCAGCCGCCAUGAAGUCCAUCACCGACCCCAAGGAGCCCAAGCAGAAGGAGAAGGCCAAGGGGCAGAAGAAGACGGGCACAAAGCCCAGGCCCAAGAAGACAGAGAAGAAGGCAGGCGGGAAGUCCGCAGACGCAUCAGGUGACGAGCGCGAGGGCGAAGACGCCGGCAGCGACAGUGACGCAGCCAGCGGCGGUGACGACGAAGAAGACUCAAACGCUGAGGAGCACCCACCACCAUCCGCCAUGUCGUCCUGGUCCAGCGAUCAUAAUUACAAUGCCGUAACGCCAGAAAAGACUGCACCCGUUGCACCAUCUGUGUUAAACAAAUCGUCUGCAGGAAAGGAGGAGAAGGCGAGUGAAGAGGAGCAGAGUGACAAGGAGCCUGUCCCCGCUGAGAAGAAGCCUGCCCCACCCUCCGUGUCCCCCAAAGGACAGAAGAAGUCCCCCGGCGCUAAAGGCACCAAGCCUGGCCCCAAAGGCAAAGCAUCAGCCCCUCCACCCAGCGCGGUCAAAGAGGCCAAAAAACAACCUCCGACCCCAAUCAAGCCCUCUAAGUCCAAAAAGCCGGGUCUGCCACCCCCAGCUGUGCCCACCCUUGCCCCUUCUGGCCCGCCUGGCUCCCGCCAUCACGUCACCGGGGCUCUGCGCGUGGCCAAGAGCACUUUUGUCAUCCCCAAGAAGCAGCCUCAACAGCAGGGCCAGCAAAAGGAAGGUUCCAGUUCUGGUUCCGGGUCCACAUCGUCUUCCGCCUCCAAGAACCCCCCAACAUCAUCCACCUCUGCGCCCCCUAGCCAGCUUCCUGCAUCCAAGACGUCCCAUCCACCCACCUCGGCAGCUCCGCCCCCACCGCCCCCUAACAACCAGAUGAGGCAGAACAUCAGGCGCUCCCUCACAGAUAUCCUCUACAAAAGGGUAAGUGACAGUGAUGACUUGUCCAUGUCGGAGAGUGAGGUGGGGAAACUAGCCGUCUCCAUUGAGAAGGAGAUGUUCAACCUCUACAUGAAUACUGACAGCAGAUACAAGAACAAGUACAGAUCACUCAUGUUCAACCUGAAGGACCCAAAGAACAAGGGACUGUUCUAUCGGGUGAUUGGUAAUGAGGUUAGUCCCUUCAGGCUGGUGAGACUGACACCAGAGGAGCUGCUCUCCAAAGAGACCUCUGGCUGGAGAAAAGCAGAAAACACUGAGGAGGGUGGGAGGAGUCACACGGGGUCGACCAAGCCAGGUCACAAACAGGACACAGCGCCACCUGAUGUUGAUAUGGAGGAGGCGCCACCCACGUCAGAAGGAGAUGUAUGUAUUCCUGCCAGCUCUGCGACAGCUCGCAUGGCUUCAGGGGCAGAACAGGAAGAGAGUCAUCCUCCUCCUGCCUCGACCCCAGGUUCCUCUUCUGCAGGGAAGGCCAGCAGUGUGAUGCCCGACAUCUUCAGCAAAAUGCUCAAGGACACCACAGCCGAACACAGGGCUCACCUAUUCGACCUCAACUGCAAGAUUUGCACUGGUCAGAAAUCGGCAGAUGAUGAACCCACUUCCAAGAAGCCCAAGAUGUCUAUCCCCAAGAAGCCAGAGCCAGUCAAGGCCAAACCAGACCCACGCACCUCCAGACUAUCCUCCUCAGAGGGCACAUUCACCCACCAGGCUGGCAGCGAGGUGCCUGUCACCGAUUACCCGAUGCCCAUGGAGGAUGUCAGCACCAGUAUGCCACUUGUUGCCCCAAUGCCAGUGGUCACCCCGGCCGUCUCGUCCGUAACGAUUACCCGCAGGGACCCACGCAUGGCGAGCCAUCGCUCUGGCAUCACUGUGACGCAGCCCAUGCUAGAGGUGGUUAUGCCCGCUCCUGUGGCUGAGCCGGUAAUACCAGCAACUCCAGAAGUCAAGGGGCCUCUUCCAAUGCCACCGGCACCCCCACCAUCAAUCCCCAGAUCGAUGCCCAAAGCGGCAGCUCCAAGUGCCGACACCCACCCCCCUCCGGAAGGUGAAACAGCACUCUUCCUGUCUGGACAGGAAAUGAUGUGGAAAGGGUUCAUCAACAUGCACACAGUGGCUAAGUUUGUCACCAAGGCAUACCUGGUCUCAGGCUCAUUUGAGCAUCUCAAGGAGGAUUUGCCAGACACCAUCCAUAUUGGAGGCAGAAUCUCCCCACAUACAGUUUGGGACUAUGUGGGCAAACUGAAGACCUCCCUCUCAAAGGAGCUGUGUCUUAUCCGCUUCCAUCCCGCCACGGAAGAGGAAGAGGUGGCGUACGUGUCUCUCUUUUCUUAUUUCAGCAGCCGCAAGCGCUUUGGCGUGGUCGCAAACAACAACCGGCGCAUCAAAGACCUCUACCUCAUCCCGCUGAGUUCAAAGGACCCCCUGCCUUCCAAACUGUUACCCUUCGAUGGGCCAGGACUGGAGCCAGCUCGACCCAACCUUUUGCUAGGCCUUGUGAUUUGCCAGAAGGACAAGAAGAGAGCUGGUGCGCCUCUGGAAGGGGAGGAGAAGCGCUCCAAAACAACCAGAGACCCUGAUGACACUGGCCUGCCUAAGCUUUUGACCAAGGCUGAUGUGAAACAGGACAAAGCCUCCCGGCACAGCCUGGACGCCAUGAUCAGUACCACUCCCCCUGGCACUCCACCCCCAUUGAGCAGCUCUGAGAUGGCUGCCACCAAUGUCCUCUCUCUCCUCUCCUCAGUCAAAGCAGGAACCUCCAGCAGUGCUGCUGCUUCUACCACUACAGGCACAGACUCCCCAUCUGUGCCCGGUUCCUCUGCCACACCUCUUCAGACCAUCCUGAAAACAUUGUUUGGCAAGAAGAAGCAGGAUUCAGAGGCCUCCAUGUCUCCAUCAGACCCACAUUCGACUGAAGUCACCAUGUCCGCAGUGCCCCUGUUAGACCCAAUAGUCCAACAGUUUGGCCAGAAGAAAGAGAAUGCUGACGAGUAUGAAGAUGACCGGCCUUAUGACCCUGAAGAGGAGUAUGACCCCAGUAUGGGCUACACAGCUGAGAAAGUUCUUUCAACUGUUAAACACCAAGAGGUAGCAAAGCCUGCAGAAACUACUGGUAACUCAGAAGUGGAUGAUGUGGCCUACGACCCUGAGGACGACUCCAUUUUUGAUGAGGUGCGUGUUGAAGGCGGAGGCAAUACCACAGGAAUUCUGGACAGUCUCAAUAAACAGAUUGAAGAUCAAAAGCGUCAGUUGGAGGAGCAGGAGGCAUUGCUCACCUCUGUUCCAGGCUCACUGAUUUCCCAACCUACAAAAUCAUUACUGUCCAGCAGCCAGUUGCUCCAGCUUGGUAAAAAGGUGGAGGAGCUAGUAGGAAAGCCGUCAACUGUUCCUGUUAUCAACCAAAGACGAGACCCUAGGCAGAGCAGGGACCCCAGGCAAGCGGCAGCAGGUCGAAGGUCAACCACUGAAUCUGUUGACAAAGAGGAGUCACCCCCUCAGGCAUCUGCUCCUGUCCCUAUUGCCGAGGCAACACCUCCACAGAUUUCUCCACAAGAAACAGAUACUGCACAGACACCACUAGAGGAAGUCAAGAGUGAAUCACUACCUUUCCUUGAAACUGACAGUACAGAGAUAUCGAUUCCCUUACUGGGUGAGAAGAUAGAACCCGAAAUGGUGGAAGAUUACAUGCCUGCAGAGUCAGCUGUGAUAUCCAGUGAGGUCAUUACCUCCGCGACUGACCCAGAGAACAGCAACAGCUUUAGCCUUUGGCCAAACUCUGCAAGCAUUUUGAAGGAGGUUAACGCAAGUCUAGAAAAAAUAGCUGAAGUUACCUCUACUCAGUCACCACCCUUAGUGUCUUCUGAGAGCAACCCUGUGCAGUCAAUUACCAGCCUGGCUAAUUUCUCACAGGAUAUGAAUCAAGGCAGCUCAUCCAGUAUGGACACUCAUACACCACAUAUGUCCCACUUGCCAAUACCCAGCACCCAAGCCGACUACAACAGAGGCCCGCAGGAUGUUCCACCACCCAUGUCCUUCCAACCUCCAGUUGGGCCCCCUCCAAUUCGUGGCAUGCCACCAAUGCAGGGGCCGCCACCUAUUCAAGUACCCCUACCCAUGCAUGUUCCCCCAGCAAUGCAGGGCCCUCCAUCAAUGCAAGGCCCACAUCCCACAAUGGGUGGUCCACCUCCAAUGCAGGUGCCCCCACCCAUGCAAGGUCCUCCCCCUGUGCAGGGUGAUGGAUAUCCACCUUUCUCCAACCAGUGGGGAGGUUCCCAACAGCAAUUUGAUGGCCCAAGAGGUCCUCCACCACAAGCUAUGAUGGCUCCAAGAGGUCCCCCACCUCCAUUCCCACCUCCUGUAGGCCCAAGAGGUCCCCCUCACCAGAUGUUUGAUAGCAAUAUACCUCCACAUCACAUGGGGCCUAGAGGGCCACCCCCUGGUCAGUUUAUGGAAGGGCAUGCCCCUCCUCCUCCCUAUGAUGGACAGAACGGCAUGAUGCCACCCAGGUUCGGUGGUCCCCCUCCACCUCCGUUCAACUUCUCCGGACCCAGAGGGCCUCCGCUGCCCUUCUCUGGCCCUCCACCAGGUCACUUUGAGAACCGAGCACCACCUCCAGCCCACUUCAGUGGACCACGAGGCCCACCACCCCCUCACCACAUUGGCGGUGACCACAGCUCCUCUAACUCCAUGAGGGAUAUGCCGAGAGCCCCAGGCGACCAGUAUGACAAUGACGGUGGGGGGUCCUACCAGUCGGGUAUGGACCAACAUCAAGGCCAACCACCCCCAUACCGAGAAAACCAAGCUCCUUCUCAAGGCCCUCCUUACAGAGGACCCCCACCUAAUGCGUACGAUGGACGCAGAGGUCCUCCUCCUGCUGGGGAGGGGCCAGGCCAACGAUUCCCCCCUCCAGGUCAGUUCCGGGGCUCCCGAGCCCCCUCGCCACCCCGAAGGGGAUCUUUUGAAGACCAAAGGGGCCCUCCUCAAGACUUCCCAGGCCACAGGGGUCCAGCGCCACAGUUUGGUGGGCCUAGAGGUGCAAGCCCAGCCAUGCACUUUCCAGAGAGCGGUUCAGGAGGUCCGCCAAGGUAUCACUUUGACAACAGCUCCAGCGACAUAAGACCAGUCAGACACACAGGACCUCUGCUGCCUACUCCUCCCGAGGGUCCUAUUCCAUUACCGGGUCGCAUGGGAGGGCAUAGCCCAGAGCCCCACCGGGAUGACCACUGGCGCAGGCACUCACCAGAACUCAGGAGAAGGAGCAGUUCCACCCGGGAUGACUCCGAGCCACGAGAGAGGCCCAGCAGAGAGCCCAGGUUUGAAGGUGGCCACCGUGACCGGCUAUCUGAAGAGAGGCAGCGGGAUCUCUCUGAAGACCGCAGGAGGGAGCGGGAGAGGGAGGGUCCCCACGCAGGCAGGCAGUGGGACAGGGGCCAAGGCCCCAAGCGCUGGAGCCGAGAGCGUGAGUGGGAUCGCGGGAGAGAGAGAGAGCGGGAGGGGGACCGGAGCAGGGAGAGAGGAAGGGAAGGAGAGAGGCACAAGGAACCGGAAAGAGAUGCAGACAAGAGGAGAGAGCAUGACAAGGAGAGAGAAAGAGAGCGGGAGCGUGAAAGGGGCCGAGAGAGAGGCAGAGAGAGAGAGCCUGAACGCAGGGAUCAUGACCGAGACCGAGAGCCUGAACGCAGGGAUCACGAGCGAGAGCCUGAACGCAGGGAUCACGACCGAGACCGGGCCAAAAACAGAGACCGGGACCGAGAUAGGGACCGUGAGCGUGACCGCGAACGGGACAGACGGCGAGAGAGGUCACGGAGCAGAGAGAGAGAUCGGGGGAAGGACCGUGACCGAGGAAGAGAGCGUGAACGAGACCGUGAUCGGGACAGAGAGAGAGACAGGGACAAAGACAGAGAAAGACGAGAGAGAAGCAAAAGCAAAGAGCGUAGAAACGACAAGAAAGAAGUCAGAUCUGAAGCUUCAAAGGACACUGAAAAGUCUGCCGAGCCUGAGACUGUUUCUGAUAAAGGCUCAUCCUGAUUGUCUUGUUUAUCUUUAUACUGGAUCCUUGUUUGCUCUGUCUCAUUGACACAUUUCUAAUUUCAGAACACAUAAGUGGACUGCGUAGUUCCUUUUGUGACAUGAAACGGUUACUCUUGUUGCUCUUUUGUAUUUACUUUUGCCCCCUCGCUUAUGUUUUAUGCUUUUAUCUCUUUCUAAGUCAUCUUGUCAUCCAAGUCCUGGUGCUCUGUAAGGAUACCAUGUUGUACUUUACUGCUGUUCGGUAACCCUUUUAAAAUCAAUAUGAAAUCACUCAACAUGAUAAAUCUGGUGUAAAUAUGUAUGUAUAUGUAUAUACAGCUGUUUUUAAUUCUCAUUUUUUUCUAUAUAGAGAAAGAAGCCAUAUAGCAUUUAUGGGUUAUACACAAGAUGGAUGUAGUUGCCCUCAUCAAAGGUCAUUUGUAUGCUUGUCUUUCUGCAUUUAAACUCUGAAUGGAUGCAUCAUUACAAUACUGUCAAUUAAUUCUACACUUUGUUCACAGCUGGGCAAUUAAAACAUACUUUAAGACUUGCA